UACUGCCAUUUUCUUACUUACUGGACAACAGGACCAAUAAACAACAGCAGCAGCUCAUAAACCAUAUUUUUCCACACUUUGCUUUAAAACCUUCCAUCUUAACUGUUCCUCUCCUCUUAAACUCUUUAAGCUCAAUUUUGCCAACACUUUGUUCAUUUGCCACUGUAACCAAGAUUUCACUAGCCACCUUGCAAGCCAAAGGUGAUUAGUUCUCCAAUUUUCCAUAUGCAGAGUGCCAGAAGUAGUGAUACAACUUGCAGCAGUGGAAUGUUGGAGCUUCAUGAAGAUAUUUAAUGCGCAUGAAGUUGACUAAAAUGAAGACCACACAGGAUCCACAAAACACUGUAGAAAAGAAACCAUCAACCCAGGCUUCUCAUGAAACCCAAAAUGACCCGCAGAACCAUACAGUUGAUACACCUGUAGCUGAUGCAGGUUCUGUUUCUGCAUCAGGCAAUGAUAAUCGGAAAGUUUCACGUGAAGAUAUUGAACUUGUCCAAAACUUGAUUGAACGGUGCUUGCAACUGUAUAUGAAUAAGGAUGAAGUAGUAAAAACACUUCUUAAUCGUGCAAGGAUAGAUCCUGGAUUUACAACUCUAGUUUGGCAAAAAUUAGAAGAAGAAAAUGCAGAUUUCUUUCGGGCCUACUACAUUAGGCUUAAACUGAAGAAACAAAUCAUCUUGUUCAAUCAUUUGCUUGAGCAUCAGUAUCAUCUAAUGAAAUAUCCUGUGCCUCCAAAGGUUCCAUUGGCUCCGAUGCAGAACGGGAUUAACACCAUGCCAGGUAAAUUUAUUUGUCGUAUGAAGGUGAGAGUUAUUGCAUUAUUCUGCUUUCGGAUUAGAUUUUAAAAUUUGAGAUUGUCCAAUCAUCGAUUACUGAUCACGCCCAACUAUGCCUUAUAAAAGGACAAUG